AUGCCGCAGCGCCAGCUGACGCGCCUGCACAGCUUCAGGGAGCGCCUCGGCGACACCCUCUCUGCCCACCCUAAUGAGCUCCUCGCCCUGUUCUCAAGGUCAACCCCCCCCCCCUUCUCUCUCUCUCUCCCCCUCUCCCCAUGAAUCGGAAGCUGUUGCAGGAUGAUCGCGCCUCCUGCUGAAGUUUCUAGGGUUUGCCCUCCUGCAGGUUCGUCCACCAGGGGAAGGGGAUGCUGCAGCCGCACCAGCUGCUGUCGGAGUUCGACGCUGUCUUCCCCGAGGGGGACAAGCAGCGGCUUAAGGACGGCGUCUUCUGGGAGGUCGUCAGGGCUGCUCAGGUGACCCUCCCUCCGCCCCCCCCGUCCCUCUCCUUCUUCCCCUCCCCCUCCCUGUCCAUCUCGGAUAGACAGACAAUUAUUAAGAAGGUUUCUCUCUCUCAUCCCCCUGCAGGAAGCCAUCGUCCUCCCCCCCUGGGUCGCCCUAGCUGUCCGCCCCCGCCCUGGUGUCUGGGAAUACAUCCGCGUCAACGUGAACGAGCUCGCCGUGGAGGAGCUCAGCGUGGCGGAGUACCUGCAGUUCAAGGAAGAGCUUAUCGACGGCGGGUGAGUCUUCUUCUCUGGCGGGUUCUCCUUCUUCUUCUUCUUCUUCUUCAAAUCUUUGACCACCUGGUUUCCUGCAGGUGUCAUAGCAACUUCACUCUGGAGCUCGACCUGGAGCCAUUCAAUGCUUCCUUCCCCCGCCCUUCGUUGUCCAAGUCCAUCGGCAACGGCGUGCAGUUCCUCAACCGGCACCUCUCCUCCAAGCUCUUCAACGACAAGGAGAGCAUGGAGCCGCUGCUCAACUUCCUCCGACAGCACAACUACAACGGCAUGGUAAGAAUCCUGGUUCUCCUCCCCAUGCCCCCGCAACGCAACAGAGCUCUAACCCUCGAGACGGCUCUGUAUCUUGCAGACGAUGAUGCUCAACGACAGAAUCCGCAGCCUCAGCGCCCUCAGGGCGGCGCUGAGGAAGGCAGCGGAGCAUCUCCUCGCCAUCCCCGCCGACACUCCAUACUCCGAGUUCGACCACAGGUAACUACUGAUCCACCGAGCAAUAGAGAAUGUUAGAGAGAGAGAGAGAGAGAGAGAGAGAGAGAGAGAGAGCUCUUACUGAAGGUCGUCUUCUCCAUGGUGGGCAGAUUCCAGGAACUAGGGCUGGAGAAGGGGUGGGGGGACUGUGCGGGGCGGGUGGUGGAGAUGAUCUACCUGCUGCUGGACCUGCUGGAAGCCCCCGACCCGUGCACGCUGGAGAGCUUCCUGGGGAGGAUCCCCAUGGUGUUCAACGUCGUCAUCCUCUCCCCCCACGGCUACUUCGCCCAGGCCAACGUCCUCGGCUACCCCGACACCGGCGGCCAGGUGGGUCUUCUGCCCUAAUACUCCCCCCUUUUCUUCCUCUGUUCGAGCCCGGCACCACCGCUCAUCCCUUUCCGCUGCCGCAGAUCGUCUACAUCCUCGACCAGGUACGCGCGCUGGAGAACGAGAUGCUCCUCAGGAUCAAGCAGCAGGGCCUCAACAUCACCCCCCGGAUCCUCAUCGUGAGCCUCCCCUUCCCCUUCCUUUGGUUUCCUCUGUGCCUUUCUUCGACCUUCCUCCCCGACUGAAGAUGGCGGUGGUGGUGCAGGUGACCCGGCUGCUACCGGAUGCGACGGGGACGACGUGCAGCCAGCGGCUCGAGAAGGUCCUCGAGACGGAACAUACUCACAUCCUGCGGGUGCCCUUCCGCACCGAAAAGGGGAUCCUCCGAAAAUGGAUCUCCCGCUUCGAAGUCUGGCCUUACCUGGAGACCUUCGCCGAGGUAUUGCAGAGGAGAGCAUUCAUCCUCCAGCAUUCAUUCUUCCCUGGAUCGAUCGUUUUUCUGAUUAUAUUCGUGAUUUCUGGUAAGAAAAAGCAGAACGAACUGAUUCUCCUCCUUCCUCAUCUGCAGGACGUGGCCAAUGAGAUCGCCGGAGAGUUACAGGCGAAGCCCGACCUGAUCAUCGGCAAUUACAGCGACGGGAACCUCGUCGCAUCGCUGCUGGCGCAUAAACUGGGAGUGACGCAGGUAUGCAGCUGGCAGUUGCCCCCCCCCCCCCCGCGUCCAGCGGGGUCUCUUUCUCGCUCCUCCUCUCUGCCCUGACUGAUCUUUCUGCAAUUCUUCAGUGCACCAUCGCCCACGCCCUGGAGAAGACCAAGUACCCUAGCUCGGACAUAUACUGGAAGAAGUUCGAAGAGCAGUAUCACUUCUCGUGCCAGUUCACCGCCGACCUGAUCGCCAUGAACCACGCCGAUUUCAUCAUCACCAGCACCUACCAGGAGAUCGCCGGAAGGUCUCCCCACUUUUCUUCCUUUUUCUGAGCUCCGCGCGCCAUCUCUCUCUCUCUCUAGAGACCUGAAGCUGAAGCUUUCUCUCUCCGCUUCUGCAGCAAGGACACAGUGGGGCAGUACGAGAGCCACACGGCCUUCACGAUGCCGGGGCUCUACCGGGUUGUCCAUGGGAUCGACGUCUUCGACCCCAAGUUCAACAUCGUCUCUCCCGGUGCCGACAUGUCCGUCUACUUCCCCUACUCGGAGAAGAGCAAGAGGCUGACAGCGCUUCACUCCGAGAUCGAGGAGCUGCUCUUCAGCAAUGUCGAGAACGAAGAGCACAUGUCAGUAGUAGUCGGAGCUUCUGAAUACCCGCUUCUGAGAACAGUUCCUCCUCUCAAAGCCGACUGUGAUUGACGGGUUCCUCUGGUUUCUACGCAGAUGCGUUCUCGAGGACAGGAAGAAGCCCAUCAUCUUCUCCAUGGCGAGGCUGGACCGCGUGAAGAACAUGACUGGGCUGGUCGAGCUGUACGCCAAGUCCCCGCGGCUCCGGGAGCUCGUGAACCUCGUCGUCGUCUGCGGCGACCACGGGAAGGAGUCCAAGGAUCUCGAGGAGCAGGCCGAGUUCAAGAAGAUGCACUCCCUCAUCAAAGACUACAACCUCAACGGGCAGAUCCGCUGGAUCUCCGCCCAGAUGAACCGCGUCCGCAACGCCGAGCUCUACCGCUACAUCGCCGACACCAAGGGCGCCUUCGUCCAGGUAACAUUCUCUUCUUCCUCUUCUUCUUCCUCAUCCUGUUACUCUUCCUCUUCUUCUUCUUCUUCAUCAUCUUCUUGAUCUUCUUCGUCCUCCUGAGCGAGCUAUGGGUUCUUUUUUGCUCCAGCCGGCCUUCUACGAGGCCUUCGGGCUCACCGUGGUCGAGGCCAUGACCUGCGGUCUACCCACAUUCGCGACUCUUCACGGAGGCCCCGGCGAGAUCAUCGUCGACGGCGUUUCCGGCUUCCACAUCGAUCCAUACAACGGCGAAAAAGUGGCCGACAUCCUCGUGCAGUUCUUCGACAAGUCCAAGGCCGACCCCCAGCACUGGGAGAAAAUCUCCCAGGCCGGCCUUCAGCGGAUCUACGACAAGUGAGCAAAGCUCUUACCAUAUGCUUCCUCCUCCAUGGCCAGGACAGUGGCAGUCCCUAACUCUAACCCUAAUUCAGGUACACCUGGAAGCUGUACUCCGAGAGGUUGAUGACGCUCUCCGGCGUCUACGGCUUCUGGAAGUACGUCUCCAACCUGGAGCGGCGGGAAACCCGCCGCUACCUGGAGAUGUUCUACGCCCUCAAAUACCGCAACCUGGUGAGCCAGCCGCAAGAAUUAUAGUGAUCCGUGCGCUGAAUCGAAUCGAUGAACCCUAAUCUCUCUGCCCUUGCUGGUUUUUCAGGCGAAGUCGGUUCCUCUCGCUGUGGAUGAAGAACUGCCGGUCAACGGCGCCGCCAAGUAG